UUUCUGCUCCAUCCGCAUCAACAAAAAAUUAGAAUAUUUAAAGCUGGAAGUGAAAUAGGUUGCAAUUAACCAAAUAUCUGCUUAAGCUGCAAAAAUGUCUAUUGAAAUCGAAUCGGCUGAUGUCAUCCGCCUAAUCCAGCAGUACCUGAAGGAAUCGAAUCUUCACAAGACGCUCCAAACGUUGCAGGAGGAAACAGGUGUUUCGUUAAACACAGUCGACAGCGUUGAAGGGUUUGUGUCCGACAUACACAAUGGUCACUGGGAUACGGUUCUAAAAGCCAUACAGUCACUAAAGCUUCCGGACAAAAAGCUAAUCGAUCUGUACGAGCAGGUAGUAUUGGAGUUGAUCGAACUGCGCGAGUUGGGCGCUGCCAGGUCGUUGUUGCGUCAAACAGAUCCGAUGAUUAUGCUGAAGCAGCAGGAAGCGGAACGGUACAUUCAUUUGGAAAACAUGCUGCAGCGAGCGUAUUUUGACCCUAGAGAAGCCUAUUCGGAAGGUGGCAGUAAGGAAAAACGUCGAGCUGCAAUUGCGACUGCCCUGGCCGGCGAAGUGUCCGUGGUUCCGUCGUCAAGAUUGCUUGCUCUGCUUGGGCAAGCGUUAAAAUGGCAACAACAUCAGGGUUUACUGCCUCCUGGAACCACUAUAGAUUUGUUCCGCGGUAAGGCGGCCAUCAGGGAUCAGGAAGAUGAACAGUAUCCUACCCAAUUGUCACGUCAGAUCAAGUUUGGUCAGAAGAGUCACGUUGAGUGUGCUCUGUUCUCACCGGAUGGCCAAUAUUUGGUGACCGGAAGCGUGGAUGGCUUUAUUGAAGUGUGGAAUUUUACCACCGGUAAAAUUCGAAAGGAUUUAAAAUAUCAAGCGCAAGAUAAUUUUAUGAUGAUGGAACAGGCCGUGCUGGCGAUGUCUUUCUCGCGAGAUUCGGAAAUGUUGGCCACCGGAUCCCAGGACGGUCAAAUCAAAGUUUGGAAGCUCAUCACUGGCCAGUGUUUGCGGCGAUUCGAAAAAGCACACACUAAGGGUGUCACUUGUUUGCAGUUCUCUCGCGAUAACAGCCAAAUACUAACAGCUUCAUUUGACCAUUUGAUUCGUCUAUAUGGAUUGAAAUCUGGCAAAAUGCUUAAAGAAUUUCGAGGACAUACAUCCUUUGUAAACGAAGCAGUUUUCUCGCCAGACGGUCAUAACGUUCUGAGCGCAUCUUCCGAUGGGUCCGUCAAAAUCUGGUCGCUUAAAACAACGGAAUGCAUGUCAACCUUUAAAGCUCUAGGUAGUGAAUUAGCAGUAAAUUCGGUGAUGAUGCUACCGAAAAAUCCUGAGCACUUUGUUGUUUGCAAUCGCUCCAACACUGUCGUUAUCAUGAACAUGCAGGGUCAGAUCGUAAGAUCGUUCUCAUCCGGUAAACGUGAAGGUGGUGCCUUUAUUUGUGCUACAAUUUCACCGCGGGGAGAGUUCAUUUACUGCGCUGGCGAAGAUUUGGUGUUGUACUGCUUUUCGGUCACCUCCGGUAAGCUUGAACGCACAUUGAAUGUACACGAAAAGGACGUGAUAGGAUUGACACAUCAUCCGCAUCAGAAUCUGCUCGCAACAUACAGUGAGGAUGGACUGCUUAAAAUGUGGAAACCUUAAACGAGUUACUUGACUUGGAUUAGCAUUACUGACAUUGUAAGAACUUGACAGUAUCAUAAACUCUAUGACUGGUUUGUACCAGAUUUUCAAAUCUUGUAUUUAUUUGUGUUCAAAAAAUCUA